AUGUUGUCAUGGUGAUACCUCUGCUGAGAAGCCACCUGGUGUCAGAUAGUGAUACUACCAGUAGGAACGAGUGGAGAAAGAGCUGUUUGUUGUAAACAUUGAGGUGUAAACAUAAAUACCAACGAAGCGAUUUGGUUGAUAUAGUGUUCAUUAUCAUAUCUAAUUCUGAAAUUGUAAUUAGUGCAGAACGGGAAAGUGAGGUUGCGGGCGAGGGCGGGUGGAGAUCCCGGCCAGUGACGGGGGUCUGGCCGCCAUGUCCUGCGUUGUCGUACUCGGACUCAACUGCAGCUGGAAACACUGACGAAACACACUAAGUGUUUUGCACAGAAAUAAAAUGCAAGUUUUUGUUCCAAGUGAACGGUGUAUAUUCCAAUUUUUCAAGUAUUAAGUGUGGGUCAGGAAAGAACCGUUGGUUUAUUAUAUUUGUCACAAUAGUAACUGCUUUGCUGGGAAAACAACAAAUAGCUAUCAAGUGACAGCUAUAUACACAUGCAUCAUGCUGCCCUUAUCUGUAUGCCAGCAAAAUGUCAGAUUACCAGAUGUAUUCAACCAACGAUUACAGAGACAUUAGUGUACUUCGAAAGUGACUCUAGCAAUACUCAGCAAUGAGUGAGCAUUGCAGUAUGGUUGCAAAAAAGAAGAGAGCUCAAACGGAAAUUGAUAAUACCUCCACUUCAGAUAUAACAGUAAGAAAAAGGGUACGGUCAAAUGAAAAUGCUGGGAGUAGUGCAGUUGUACCAAAAACUAAAGAGUCAUCAAAAAUUGUUACCAAAUCUAAAAAAGGCACAGUGUCUAAAGAUAAGGUGGAAGAUCUAAUUGAAAGGGCUGAGGAGGAGUAUGUCGAUGAUGUGCGUACUCAUAAUAACAACUCAGUUUUAGCUGAUGAUGAUAUUCCCGAUUGGCCAGAAGCAGAUUUAAUGGAAUUAAUGAAACGAAUGGAAAAUAACAUCCCCGCUAAGGAUAAUUUGCGUUAUGAUUCCCGAGCAGAGAAACUAAACUGGGAUGAGAUUAGCUUCGGUAAUUAUUCUGCUGGCGAAUGUAAGGAGGUGUGGUUUAAAAUUCAGAAACGCCUAAGAAGGUUUCGAAUUUUGAAGGAAUUGUUGGAAGAUGCAAAAUCAUGGGUUUCAAAACCAUGGACACAUUUUUAUCGAAGCCAACGACAGAAUCGCCACCCAGACUUGCCUCGAAGACCUCUGUCGACAUACAUGCUUUUCUAUUUAGAAAAAAAAGACAAAGUUGCAAAAGAUAACCCUGGCCUUGAAAUGACAAAUGUGUCUAAAUACAUUGCUGAACUUUACAAUAAGCUGCCAGCAAAGAAAAAGCAGAAAUAUAUUGAUAUGGCGGCUGCCCAGAAGAAAGAAUAUGAAGAAAAAAUGGAGCAGUUUUACCAGGAACACCCUGAACUUGUGCCAAAAGCUGUUGCUCUUAAGGAAGCAAAAGCAGCCAAUGCAGCCUCCAAUCCAGAACCAGGGCCUAAAAAGCUUCAGACUCCUUUCAAGCUUUUCUGUAAUGAGAAGUUGAACCAGCAUAAAAAUGAUCCUGGCUUUGAUAGAACAGCUGUACUGGAAAGCUGCAAAGAGCAAUGGCGUGACAUGUCAGAGAAGAAAAAGAUUGUUUGGAUUGAUUGGGCACUUGAAGAAGAGGCAAAGUAUCAGGAAGAAAUAAGAGCUUAUGCUGCUGAAAAUCCUGAAUUUGUUCCACCACCUCUAAAAUCUGUGCUUACAAAGGAAGAGAUUGCAUUGAAAGAACGUAUUGCCGGAAAACCAGAGAAACCGCCAACGUCUGGUUACAGUUUAUUUUCACGUUUGAUGCUUGUCAGCCCAGAUAUGAAGAAAGUACCACCAAAAGAGCGCAUGUCACAGGUUUCUCGAAUGUGGAAGAGUCUUACAAAUGAUCAGAAGAAAAAAUAUAAAGAACAAGUAUUACAUAUGCUAGAUCAGUACAAGCUGGAGUACGCAAGUUACCUAGAGUCGCUUUCUGAUGAGAAACGGCAAGAAGAACUUUCUAACUGUGCACCAAAGAAAAAGUUACCUCCAAAAAAUAAAAUAGGAAAGAAGGUAGUAAAGAAAAAACCCAAACCAGAAGAAGAAAAUAGCAAGUUGUUCAAAGGGGAACCAGAACCACCUCCACUGAAUGCAUACCAGUUAUUCCUAAAGGGCUUUAUGGCUGAUGCUUCUCACAUCCCUUUGGAAAAUCGUGAGAAAGAAGCUCCUCGGUAUUGGCAGAUGCUCCCAGCAGCUGACAAGGAAAAACACCGAAAGAAGCUCAAUGAUAUCAAGCAGAAAUACAUAAAAGAUUAUGAAAAAUUUCUUAAGGGUUUGUCUCAAGAGGAGCUGAAAGAGUACUCUAUGCAGAAGGCAAAGUUAAAACAGACUGAAGAUGCCCAGUCAUCAGAAGAUUCUGACACAGACGAUGGCAGCAAAGAAAGUGAUGGUUCAGAAAAAGACUCAGACUCUGAUGCAAAUUCAUCAUCGGACAGUGAUAGUGACUCUGAUGAUUCAAGUGACUCAGAUAGUGAUGCUGAAAAGACCAAGGGAAGUGAUGAUUCAUCUUCUAUGACUUCUUCGAGUGAUAGUGAUUCAGAGUGAUCUCUUGACUUCAUCGCUGUGUGUAUAUGAAGAUUUGAGACUGAAAGGGGUUUUAUUAAAAGAAAGGAAGAGAAAAAUUUCUGUAUGGGCCAGAAUGGUGCUGUGGGGCAGAUUUAUGUCCCAGCUACAGCAUGUUUAACAAGAAAUAUAUUACAUUGCUUGAAAGCGCAGCAAUGUCAAACUUAGAAUUAUAUUUUGUAACUAGACUGGUUGCUUGCUGUCAGUUUAGUCUCUCUAACCAUGUAACUUCCUACCAUGGUACAUUCCACAGCAGAGAAAUGAAAACAUGGAAUUUUAUGAAAAAGUGUGUAGAUAUAACUUUUUUUAAAUAUUUCUGAAGCAAAAAGAAAAUUUAACUGUUCUGUAAAUGGAAAUAUGUACAGUGCACCAACUUUAUAAAUGGCGCACAGGACAGGAUUUUCGCUACCUGUACUCAAUUGUCGUUAAUGACUUGCACUAACACAACCUAGCUCACUCAGGCUAAUGUUAUUUACCUUGAGAAGGAACAGUGAUGUGGUCUGUAAAUGUUCACAAAAAUUAUAUGAAAGACUGUGGAACUUUGUAGGUGGAAGCUCUUCUUGACAAUGUAUAUUGUCUGUUUUUCCACCUAUCUGCAAAUUCUUAGUCAAACUUUUGUGACCCUUCUUUUAUUCCAUCUCUCCUCUGUUCUGUUUUUUAUCCAUUUCCUCGUGUCUCACUUUUUUUCUGUUUUUUGUUACCAGUAACUGAUUAUCUUGCCUGCAUCCAGUUUCUCCCUCUUUAAACCCCCUUGUCAUUUCAGAAUCUGUAGGAUGCCUCUACCUACAAGAAAUUUUUGUUAAUUAGGUGAUGGCCUUGUCCCAUUAAUUACUACUAUUAUUUUGCCUCUGUUACUUAGAAUAAGAUUUAUUCUACAUCAUUCUCCAUCCGAGGGUGGUCUUCACCCUUACAUUAUCCUUUGAUUAGGUUACAAUUAUUUAAAGGAGCUUUGGCUUUUAAAUGUUGCUGUCAGUCAUCAACUUUUUUUAUAAAUAUUGUCAUUUCAUAUAUUUUUAAACAUUUUUAUUGCUUUAUAUUUUCCUAUUUCUUCUGUGUAUCUUCUUGUAAGAAUCUAAUUUUAUAUUUUGUAAACAUUUAAUCCACAUGGCUAUUUUAAGAUGUGUAGUAAGACUGAUGCGUACAAAUCGACCGAGAUGUGCAUCAGUGUCUUUACCUGGAGUGAAGGCUGAAUAUCUCGGAUGCUCCAUUACCUAAUAAGUAAAUGGAAAUUUGUGUAUAUUGUCUGUCAUAAAAGAAAAUUCUCUAAGUCAGUGACCUAUUUUUAUUUACCGAUUUUGUAAUUGUCUUGUGUAAAUUAUUGUAUGUUAGAUGUAAAUAUUUAAUGGUACACUUCUGAAGUGCAUUGUAAUAGUUGGUAACUGAUAUGCUGAAUUCAAGUACAAAUCACUUUAUGUCUAAUUUCUGUAUAUUACUUCUGUUUACUUUCAUGUCAUAAAAAUACUUAUAAGACUUGUGUGUUGUAUAAGGAAUCACAAGCUUUUGACUUAAAGCAGCUGUAAAAAGGAGAUAUAAUUUAACGUUCAUCAGACAUAGUUUCUUUUAUUUAUUAUAUUAGGGGCACAAUUUUUUUCUAUAAUAAAGUGUUUGUGUUUUAGCUGA